GCCCAAAGCGCUAGCAUACGAUCGCGCCGGACGCGACUGGCGUUACCUCGACGACUUCAUCGACAGUAGCGUGAAGCAGAAGAAUGCAACCGAGGCCAAAAGGCUUCGGGCGGAGGGAACAUUUUGGAACGUCGUGCCAGGAGCUGCGAAAAACUUUCCCACAGAGUGGGAAACAGGAUCGGAUGAAAACGUCUGCGGUAUUUUCAUUCAGCUAUGUUGUCUGCCAGUUCAAGCGCCUAUCAGACUGACGGGAGUGUCUACAUUGCCGCAGGCGUUGCCUUCUACUUCCCAGCGAUGAAAGAGAGAGCAGCUUCCAAGAAGGCUAACUCUACCCUGGAACAGACUUGGGGAGUACCAUUCGCCGUGGCCCCUUUUUACGGAAAGAAUGUGGUCCCUGCGUUGAAUCGGGAAUUCCCGGCAUACGUCCCUGAAGGCUCGAACAAUAGUUCAGUGGUCUUCCAUCAGAUGUCUGGCAAUCAAGGCUUCAAGGACGAUCUUUAUGUCCUCUUCACGAAUUCGACCGAAGACAGAGUCAAUCCCAGGCAGCGUCUGGCGGACUUCAAAGUCGCCUUGGUAGGUGUGGCCGGCACUCUUUAUAACAGAGGCGAAAUACUUGUUGCAAUGUGUGUCCAGGACCCGAUCGGUCCGACGCAAGACUACGCAGAAUAGCUAAUGAUUAUUAUGUUUUGAACGAAAGGGAAUGGAACGACAUGAACGUCGGGGAAUGGACACUGAAAUUCCGCGACAUGGUCGAGGCAUAUGUGAAUCACCAUCACAGCGGCAUGGUACCGAAUCCAUGGACUUUGGGCAUAGGCAGCUCUGCCUGGCCUGAAUUUACGGGAAUCAACAC